AUGGUUCAAAGAUGGAGUUUAGAACUAAGUGCAUAUGAUUACACUAUUGAACACAGAUCGGCUAAGGAUAUACCUCAUGCAGACUUUUUAUCUCGUUAUUCAUUAUUUGAAAAUUCUGCUAAUGACACUGAUUGUUUGUUAGUCCAGCCGUUACCUGUGGAUAGAGUUCGACUUAUAAACGAUACUCGGAAAUAUUACGGGUGCAUUAUAAAUGCAACAAAAAGAGGUUGGAAUAUUCAGUGCAAGCGAAGAUUUCCGGACUUUUAUAAGCGAAGAGAUGAGAUUUCAGUCCAUCCUGAAGGAUUUCUAUGUCUGAAUGACAGAAUUAUUAUUCCUCCGACAUUAAGAUCUGCGAUUUUGGAUGAUCUUCAUUCUGCGCAUCUGGGAGCUGAUAAGAUGAAAUCAUUAGCACGUCUAACAUGUUGGUGGCCGGAAAUUGAUGCAGACAUUAACAAAAGAUCGAAGAGCUGUUCCAGCUGUUUGCAUAAAAUGUCCUAUGGGAAGUCGUCGUGGAAACCGUGGCCUACGUCUUGUGAGGUUUGGCAGCGUAUUCAUGCAGAUUACUGUGGUCCAUUCUUAAAUUCAUACUAUGCUUUAAUUAUUGUGGAUUCUUAUUCUAGAUGGCCAGAAGUUAUAAUUACAGAUAGUCCUAAUGCGAAAUUCACUCACAGAGCGUUGAGAAAGAUUUUUAGUCGAGAACGAAUUCCAGAUGUCUUAGUUACUGAUAAUGGUACUCAUUUCACUGAGAAGAACUUCAAUGAUUGGCUUAAACACAUAGGUUGCCGUCAUCUGUACACAGCACCACGUCAUCCUCAGUUUAACGGUUUGGCAGAAAAUUUCGUACGAACAUUAAAGAGUGCCAUAGCAUCAAUGAGUCCUAAGAAUUUUGAUGAGCUAGAGAGAUGUGUAGAUAACUUCCUACUUCAAUAUCGCAAUGCGGAGCAUACAAGUACCCAUGAAAGUCCUGCUAAACUGUUUAAAUCUCGAAUUCUCAGAAAGCACCUAAUGUCUACGACUUCUGAUGUACAUUAUUACAGAGGGAAUGACUAUAGACCUUCUGUUGGAAUCAUACUACAAAAAAUGGGAAAUCGAAUGGUGAAAAUAUUGGACAUCGAAGAUCAUUCAAUUCAUAACAGACACUUGGAUCAAGUGAGAAUAAACGAAGUAGGUCGUUCCGAUUAUAAUUUUAAUGAUUCCGCUACUAAUCCUGAUAUUGUAGAUAAUUCAGAAAUAAGUCCAGAUGAUACUGAUGAAAAUAAUAUCACAGAAUCAGUUAGAAGAUCCCAGAGACUUGCAAGCAAACUGAGACCUCAUUAUAAAUACGCAAGGAGACAUUCGACAUGUGGCGGAUGUGGUGAUUGA